GGGAGGCUCUUCUUGGCUUAUUGGCUCUGGCUCCGUUGGCCCAAAGCUUUAUCUUCUUCCUCUCUGGACCUCAGAGUGCUGAAAGCAACAUCAGGAUCACCAGGACGGGUCAGCCUCACAGCCAAGCAGCUUACUUGCCUUACAAAAUACCUACUGCCUCUUCCCUUUUGGCUUUGCCAACGCAGUAAUCAUCGGAAAAGAUACUUUUACAUUUUAACCAUUAUAUUUGGUUGUUCACAAUGGAAGGGUCAUUCAGGGAAUCUAGUCUUCUAUAUAUAUGGUAAUGAAACAUAAUUUUAGAUUUUUUUCUAUCUAGUUAAAGAUGUGUUACUGUGGAUUUGGACUUUUUUUUUUUCUCUUGGACUUUCCCCCCUUUUAUCAUAGCAGUAAUUUUUCUAAAAUGUAUAUUAGUAUUUUUGUGUGUGUGAAGUAUUCUUUGAGAGUCAGGCAAUAAGAUUAAUUGCAUUGAACCAGUUUUCAAAGAAUCUAGGGACUCAUAUAUGUCCUUGGGACAUCUGGCUUAAUCUUUAUUCUGCUAAGUCUGUUUGGGAAAUAUUUUCUUAGGAGAGAAUACCUCAGAUCCAGAAGCACAUUAAUAUGUAUUUUUUAUAAUCAUACUUCAGUUUUAGGUUUUUUAUUUUUGAUGGCUUUUCUUUUUCUCCUGGUUAGAGAUAAACAAGUGUAUUAUGAUAGAAAUAUCAUGGAAAUAUCUUUUUGAAACAUUUACAGUGAAAGUAUGCAAGACUUAGCAGCACAGGUGACGAGCGGUCUUCUGCAGUUCCCAGAAGUGACUAUUGAAGCCCUGGGAGAAGAUGAAAUCACAUUAGAAUCUGUACUUCGUGGAAAGUUUGCUGCAGGGAAAAAUGGACUUGCUUACUUGACUUGUGGCCCACAGCUUGAGGUAGUGCACUCUAUAACAGGAGAGCGGUUGUCUGCGUAUAGAUUCAGUGGACUGAGUGACGAGUCACCUAUCAUCCUCGCUGUGAAAGAGUUCUCUUGGCAGAAGAGAAGCGGAUUGUUGAUUGGACUGGAAGAUGCAGAAGGGAGUGUCCUCUGUCUCUAUGACCUGGGCAUAUCCCGAGUGGUUAAAGCAGUCGUUCUUCCCGGAAGGGUAAUAGCUAUUGAACCUAUAAUUAAUCAUGGAGGAGCCAGUGCAAGCACUCAGCAUUUGCACCCAAGUUUGCGGUGGCUUUUUGGGGUGGCAGCUGUGGCAACUAAUGUUGGACAGAUCCUUCUCAUUGACCUAUGUCUUGAUGACUUAUCAUGCAGUCAGAAUGAAGUGGAGGCAUCAGACCUUGAAGUUAUAGCUGGUAUUCCAGCCGAAGUACCACACCUCAGAGAACGUGCAAUAGGAGAAGGCCGCCAUCUGUGUUUCCAGUUAGUAAGCCCAUCGGGAACAGCAGUUUCAACUCUUAGUUACAUUAACAGGACCAAUCAUCUUGCUGUAGGUUUUUCUGAUGGCUACCUAGCACUCUGGAAUAUGAAAAGCAUGAAAAGAGAAUACUACACACAAUUGGAAAGUGGAAGGGUUCCCGUAUAUGCUGUUACUUUUCAAGAACCUGAGAAUGAUCCUCGUAAUUGCUGUUACUUGUGGGCUGUUCAGUCUACACAAGAUAGUGAAGGGGAUGUUCUGAGUUUGCAUCUGCUUCAGCUGGCCUUUGGGGAUAGAAAGUGUUUGGCAUCAGGACAAAUCUUAUAUGAGGGGUUGGAGUACUGUGAAGAAAGAUAUACACUGGACCUCACAUGUGGCAUGUUUCCUUUGAGGGGACAGACUAGUAAUACCAAACUGUUGGGAUGCCAGAGUAUAGAGAAAUUUCGAUCUCAUGGUGACAGGGAGGAAAGCAUGAGUGAAGCUCUGUCUCCUGACACUAGCGUUUCAAUCUUCACCUGGCAAGUGAAUAUAUAUGGACAAGGAAAGCCUUCUAUAUAUUUGGGGAUUUUUGACAUAAAUCGUUGGUAUCAUGCGCAAAUGCCAGAUUCACUAAGAUCGGGAGAAACUCUACAUAAUUGCUCUUAUUUUGCAUUGUGGUCGCUGGAUUCUGUUGUAAAUAUGACUUCUCCACAUUACAUCUUGGAUAUAUUAGUCCACGAGAGAAGUUUAAGUCGGGGACUUGCUCCUUCAUACUCGCCUCCUGAGCAGUUUUUUAACCCAAGUUCCUAUAACUUUGAUGCCACUUGUUUGUUAAACUCAGGAGUUGUUCAUAUAACUUGUACUGGCUUUCAGAAGGAGACUUUGACCUUUUUAAAGAAAUCAGGACCAUUUAUCAAUGAAGUUAUUUCUGAUAGUUAUAAUCGAUGUCUUAUGGCUGGCCUUCUCUCACCAAGACUUAUUGAUAUGCAGCCUUCCAGUUUAAGUCAGGAAGAACAAUUAAAAGCUGUAUUGUCAGCAGCAAUCCACACAAGUUCCCUGGGACUUUUGACUGGAUAUAUCAGGAGGUGGAUACUGGAUGAACAACCAAAUUCUGCUGCUAAUUUGCGCUUUGUUCUUGAAUGGACAUGGAAUAAAGUGGUUCUCACAAAAGAGGAAUUUGACAGACUAUGUACACCAUUAUUUGAUGGUUCGUGUCAUUUCAUUGAUCCACAGACUAUACAAUCCAUUCAGCAAUGCCAUUUGCUGCUUAGCAAUCUUAAUACAGUCUUAAGCUGUUUUGCAACAGAGGCACAAGAGAUCACGGAAAGAGGCCGUAUGAACUUAACCAAUAAAUGUGUGGUUUCCCAGCUCAUCUGUCAGUAUGCACAAAUGGUUCUCUGGUUCUCUCACUCUGGGCUUUUACCAGAGGGCUUAGAUGAUGCUGUGCAGUUGUCAAGGUUAUGCUACAACUACCCUGUAAUUCAGAGCUACUACACCAGUCGUCGGCAGAAGUGUGAGCUUUUAUCAAGUGGGAAAUGGAACUCUGACUAUUUGAUGAUCGAUGGAAUGGUUUCUCAGUUAGGAGAUCGAGUUGAGAAAUUGUGGAAACGAGAUGAAGGAGGCACAGGAAAAUACCCUCCUCCUAGUCUGCAUGCACUACUUGACAUAUACCUACUAGACGAUGUUACUGAAACAAGCAAACAUUUUAUUACCAUUUAUUUGCUACUUGAUAUUAUGUAUUCAUUCCCAAACAAAACAGAUACUUCAAUUGAAUCAUUUCCAACUGCCUUUGCCAUUUCUUGGGACCAGGUUAAACUUAUUCAAGGAUUUUGGCUGAUCGAUCAUAAUGACUAUGAGACUGGUUUGGAUCUUCUGUUUCAUCCAGCUACUGCAAAACCUUUCUCAUGGCAGCAUUCAAAGAUUAUCCAAGCCUUUAUGAGCCAGGGCGAGCACAGACAAGCCCUCAGAUAUAUUCAGACAAUGAAGCCAACAGUAUCCAGUGAUAGUGAUAUUAUCCUUCACAUCACUGUUUUGCUUUUUAAUAGGUGCAUGAUAGAGGCCUGGAGUUUACUGCGAUACCAUUCUAGUAGAUCGAAUAUAGAGGAGUUACUAGAGCACACGUAUAAAGGCUGUCAGGAAAUGGGCUUAAUGGAGGACUUACUGAAGCUACCAUUUACAGACACUGAGCAGGAGUGUUUGGUGAGGUUUUUGCAGUCCAGCACCAGUGUUCAGAAUCAUGAGUUACUUUUAGUUCACCAUUUACAACGUGCCAAUUACAUCCCUGCCUUGAAGCUGAACCAAACUCUGAAGAUUAAUCUUACGAAUGAUCGUGAUCCUCACUUGCGGGAGAGAUCUGUGGCACGAAAUUCUAUAUUAGAUCAGUACGGAAAAGUUCUUCCGAGAGUCCAUCGGAAAUUAGCCAUGGAACGAGCUAAGCCUUACCGUGUGCCAACAUUAUCAGUUAUUCGAAAAGUUUCUCAGCCCAAACCAUUAUCAGCAGUUCCAAAGCGAGCUGUAAUAGGGACUGUGUUAACAAGAUCUACUUUCAUCCAUAACGUGUUAUCUAAAGUUGGAGAGGUUUGGAAAAGUGAUGAGCCUAAAAAUAGCACCUUAGCCUACAACAGACUGCUGGAUUUGGUUGUGCAUCCUGUUCCCCAGCUGUCUCAGUGUUUGGGGUUUAUUCAGCAAACCCCCCCCAGAUAUCCUUUGUACCUAACACCUACUUCAUUGUCAGUAAGUUCACCAAUAAAAGGAUCACAUCAGAAUACCUCCAGGGCUUCAGAAUUACAUUUACUUGAAACUCCUGUUGUGGUGAAGAAAGCUAAAACUUUGGCCAUGUCAAUUACUUCCUCUGGAUUUGCCGAGUUCACUCCUCAAUCCAUCCUAAGGUCUGGUCUUCGAUCAACACCUUUAGGGUCUCCCUCUCAGUCACCUGGAAGGUCUCUUACUCCUCCAUUACGGCUUAAAGAAACUAGAAUUUCAUUCAUGGAAGAUGGCAUGACCACAAAAUGGACUUCUGGAGCUGCAGAUGAUAGCAAAACAAAAGCAUUUGUGACCAGACCUUUCUACAAAUGUGGACUUCCAGGAGACACGGAGUGGCUGGCGAACAAAGAUAAGACACCUUUUUCCCUGAAUGGCCCUGACAUGGGCCAUCAAGAAAUGGACGCGAGGUCAGAAAAUACUCCUUCACGGAGUUUGGAGAAACUGGAUGUGAGCAAAGAAAACAGCAAUGUUUCUACCGAGUCACUGGAGUACCAAGACGCCCCAUCGCCAGGAGAGUUUGAACAUGUCAUGGCUGCGAAGCCAGCCAGUGCUUCCACUGGACUGAUGACUAAUCCAGCUGAAAAGACUGAGAAGGACAAUGAUGAAGAUGUGUUUGAGUCAGUAACUCCUCUAGAGCUGGAGAAACCAGCAGGCACUUUAGAAGAUGGAGAAACAAAGGCUGUCUUAGUUGCAGAAGAAGCACUUUCAGUAUUAAAUCACUCAAGCCCUAUUCAAGGGGUUGACACUUCUCUUUGUGUGCCAUUAACCCAUGAAAGGAAAAUCCUCACCCCGAAGUCCAAGGUACCAAUUUUAGACGAAAUAUCAGUUGAAACCUGCACCUCUACAAUUAGAGCAGCUAUGGCCGAUGUCCUUGGUGAUAGCGGAAGCUCUGGGCUCGUUACCUCUGAAAGUCCUGUUAUCUCUGAACAUAGGCUUGACCAGGAAAUAGUGAAUUUAGAAGAAGAUCAUGAAAUAGAAGUUGAUGCACUAAAAGAAAGUGUUGACUUACCAGAAGAAAAGCCUCCAAUUUCUGACGAUUCUCCUGAUACUCAAAAAAUUCAUGUAAUUGAAAAUGAAAAGCUUGAAGUUCAAGACUCAGGACAAGAGGCUAAGAAUCUUUCCUUUACUGAGUAUCCCUCAGGAACUCUUAAGCUUCAAUAUAAUUUUGAGACCAUAGAGCAACAGUUCUGUGACUUGCCUGAUAACAAAGACUCUGCUGAGUGUGGUGACAUUGCUGAAGCAGAUGGGGAACUCUUUGUGGCUCAGAGCAACUUCACCUUGAUAUUGGAAGGUGAAGAGGAAGUUGAGACAGGUGAUUCUGCAGCAUCUAAUGUGCUAGCUAAAGCAGCUAACACAGUAACUGAUUCAAAACAUGUAUACACUGGGGAAAAUGAUGACCAUGGACAUGUUGCAAACUUGCCAUCUGUCAUAACUAAUGAACAGGACUCCCAAAAGACAGAGGCCUUACCGAAUGUGCCUGAACCAAUUACAGCAGCAGUAGCAGAAAAUGUACUAGAUGUAAUUAAAGACACAAGAAGUAAAGACAUUACUUCAGAUACGAUGGAACAGUCCAUUCAUGUAAACAUACCUUUAAUAAGCCAAAAGGUAAGGAGUUCCACCAAGUCAGUCAAAUCUCCAUUGAAGACUGCUCAGGAAGCAAGUACAGUGACUAUGAAUGUUAACCAAGUUAAUGACAUGACUCCAUCCAGACCUCGAACCCGACGACAACGGACCCAAAGCCUGGAGGUGAAAUCAGUGCAACAGGAAGAGUCAGCAGAUGCUGCUCCGCCUGAGAUGCUAGGACUCUCAGUUAGAAAGAAAACUAGGAAAACAAAAGAAACUUCGGAGGCUUCGGAAAGUGCCUUUCCUAGUGUCAAAGAACCAUCUCAGACCCAGCAAAUACCUCAAGAUGCUCUUACUCCUAAGAGAGGAAGGAGAAAGAAAGACACGUUAGAGAGUCUUCAUUCUGUGGAACAAGAAUUACAGGUCACUCCAGGAAGGGUAUUAAGAAGUUCAAGAUCUCAGUUGUUGGAACCAGCAACCACAGAAACUUCUCUUACAAAAGAAGCUAAGCUUUCAUCUGUUACAAAAAAGACUCCUAAAAGAAUGAAAAAAUCUGUAGAAAAUCAGGAAAGUGUUGAAAUUGUAAAUGAUCUAAAAACCAGUAAAGUAGCAAGUCCUAGCAUAAGUAACAAAAGAUUGAGACCUGCUAAUUUAGAAACUUCUGAAAACACAGGACAUGAACAAGAUGGGAAGUUAAGUGAACAGCAGCUGCCUGUUCAAGGGAGUAAAAGGGUUAAAAAGAGAGACAUUAAGGCAUCAGAUGUUAGAGAAGACUCUAAACUUGAUUCAUCUUCUUUGACUCUUCAAGCAGAAGGUGAUAUACCUGCUACACCUAGGAAACGUGGUAGACCAAGGAAAAUUAAUCCAUCACUAGAUGUAGGAUCCGAGGCUGUUAAGGAAGAGAACAGUCCUAAGAAGAGCAAAGUUCAAAAGAGAUCUGCGAGAAACACCCCAGCUAAAAGUGAAAAUACUGAGGUUGGAAAACCAACUUUAGAAAAAUCAGUUUUAGUGCCAAAUGAGGAACUUGUUACAGUGAUGAGUUCUAAGAAAAAGAUUACAAAAAGGAUUGAAAAUCAAAGCCAAAAACGUUCAUUACGCUCAAUACCUGAAAAAUACAUAGAUGAAGACAUGGCGCAGAAGGAACCCAAGGACCGAGAAGAAAAAUUACUUGCCAAAACUCCUGUGACUCAGUUUUCCCGUAGCACAAGGACUAGGUCUAGCAAGGCCAUUUUACUGCCAGACUUUUCUGCACCAGAAAAUGAGUCUUUAUUUUCUCCUGUGUCAAAGGUUUCAAGGAAAGAUAAAGCUAUAAAAGUAGAAGCUCCUGAACAGCUGAAAGAAUUAAUCUCAGACUUAUCUUCUCCAUUUGUCCUCUCACCUCCUGCUCUGAGGACCAGGCGGAAGAACAUGUCUAAGACACCCCAACUUGUGCAGGAACUGGAAGAUGAUGCUGUGGGACAGCAAAGAGUGAAAAGAAUGAGGACUGGAAAAACGAAACAAGCAAGCAGAACCACAGAGAAAGACAGUUGGUCACCUCCUCCAGUAGAGAUUAAGCUCAUUUCUCCCUUGGCAACCCCAGCUGAGAGAGUGAGGAGCAGGCCGAGGAGAACCAUCGAGGAGACGGGAAAAGCUCUGGGGAGGAACAGGAAGAGACCGUCUUCCUUCCCAAAACAAAUUGUCCGCAGAAAAAUGCUGUAACUGUUUCCAAGUUUUAUUGUACACCUGUUUGUAAAGUCACCAGAAUUAUGUGGAUUAUUAAAAAUCACCUAAUUUGGAAGACAGUAAUUUAUAUAAAUUGUAAAUUUUUGUAAACAGAAGGUCUUCCAUAAGUAAAAUCACUCCAUAUGGAGUAUGAUUCUUUUAGUGGAGGCAUUUUAUCCCUAUUUUAUAUUAAGACUUCAGACAUUUAUAUAAUAUGUAAAUAUGGCUUAUUAGAAUGUUAAAUAAAGUAUACACUUCAUAGGAGUUUGUGUCGGUUAGAUUUUUGAGAGGAAUUUGUUUUAGUGAUGAUUUUAUACGCUAGCAGGCAUUGGGCCCAUUGUCUUUCUCUACAGUUAAAAGUAUUAAACCAAUCUUAAAAUGAGGACAACUGAACUGCUAAGUUUUUUAAGUUGCUGUUUUAUAAUUUAUGCACUUUUGCUUCUGUGAUUAAGAUUUCUAAUAAAGUAUUUGGGGGGGGUGUGGUUGCUAUGUUCAAGUUGAAUUAUGGGCAUGUAAUUUUGCCACUUUUUUGUAGUUUAACAAAUUUUAUGUAUUCUACCUCAGAUGAGUAACUUUCUAAGUAAUGCAUUGGUUAAAUGUAAUGGUAUUUCUUGUUCAGCAGGCUUAAAGGCUAUUAUUUUUAAAGUCUCUAAAUUAUUCAGAGACUAAUUAUCCAGGUUAGAUUGACCGGUUCACUGCUCACUAGCAACUUCUUAAAAGGGUUUGAGAAGCAGGGGAAUGUAAAAAAAAUCUCUCUCAUGGAUAUUCAUUGUACCUUGUGUGCAGCUAGUAUUGAUAGAACGUGAAGUCUGGAGAAAUUUUAUUAUUGCUUUGAAGGAGCUUGCUACUGAAUCACAGAAAUCCCUUAAUAUUCAGGUUUUUAAACUGGCAGAUUCUCACAGGACCUCAGGCACAGACCAUUGAGGAUGGGAAAGUGUGUGAGUAGAUGUGGGAAAAGGAAAAGAAAAACAACACUGUUCUCUGUUGUAUGACUGUGCAAUUACGUGGUGAUACUUGGUGUAGGCUCUAAAAUUCAAUAAGUGUUGUAAAAUAAUUUAUAAGAGGUGAUGGAUAGUGUGUAAUGAAUGGACCAUUAAUUGAUUGUCUAGAAGCAAACUGCUUUUGUUGGCUAAACUUUUAAUGUUAAGCGUAAGGAGUGUGCUUUCUAUAUUAUUUUUCUACCAAAUGGCAAUACGAAUAAUGAGAGGAUGAUGCACAUGCCUACACCAAGUACUGACAGUGUGGAGUAGCCGUGCGAGUGCGGCCUUUUAGUCACUUAGUGAUCAAUGUUCCCUUGCCUUGUCGGAAAUUUGACUAUGACUUAUAUUUUAUUUUUAAAAUUUUAGUUAUCAAACUUGUAUUUAAGCUGCUUGUCAUUUAUGGAAUAGUAAACUUAUUUAAAUGAACUUGUUAAAUGAGUAAUUUAAAGAUCUAAAUAAUUCAGUAAACACUUAAUUUCAUCCUUUGCACAAGUAGCACAAUAAAAAAAUUGACAAGA